GCCCGAGCUCCACCCAGGUCGCAGGCAGCUCUGUCGGCGGAGGCUGUUUCCCGCCAUUGUGCGAAGUGGAGGCUGGGGCCCGCACGCUCUGCCCGCCCGUCGCCUGCAGCCCUUUGGUGUUCACCGCCACAGCAGCUGCUCCCGGAGGCGAGGGGAGACCGGACGGCCCGCGCUCCGCCGUGCGUGGGAGGGCGCGGGCGAGGAGCGGCCGAGCUCCUGAGGAGGAGCCGGGCUCCGGCAGCGCUCGGCCCUUGGAGAGCCGCCACCCGCACCUCGGCGAGAUGCCCUGCGGGGAGGACUGGCUCAGCCACCCGCUCGGGAUCGUGCAGGGCUUCUUCGCCCAAAAUGGAGUUAAUCCUGACUGGGAGAAGAAAGUUAUUGAAUAUUUUAAGGAAAAGCUGAAGGAAAAUAAUGCUCCUAAAUGGGUGCCAUCACUGAAUGAAGUUCCCCUUCAUUAUUUGAAACCUAACAGCUUUGUGAAAUUUCGUUGCAUGAUUCAGGAUAUGUUUGACCCUGAGUUUUACAUGGGAGUUUAUGAAACGGUUAACCAAAACACAAAAGCUCGUGUUCUUCAUUUUGGAAAAUACAGAGAUGUAGCAGAGUGUGGGCCUCAACAAGAACUUGAUUUAAACUCUCCACGAUCUACCACCUUGGAAAGACAGACUUUCUAUUGUGUUCCAGUGCCCGGGGAAUCUAUGUGGGUAAAAGAAGCCUAUGUUAAUGCAAACCAAGCUCGAGUCAGUCCCUCGACAUCCUACACUCCCAGUCGUCACAAGAGGAGUUAUGAAGAUGAUGAAGAUAUGGACCUACAGCCCCAUAAACAGAAAGACCAACACACAGGUGCCAGACAAGCAGGGUGCCUUAGAAAUGACUCAGUGCAAUGCUGUCCUUUGAAUUUAGGAAGUGUCAGUGGUCUUCAGUGGCGUGGCGAGCCAAAACGUUUAGAAACGGAAGCUUCCACAGGGCAGCAGCUGAACUCCCUAAACCUCUCUUCUCCUUUCGAUCUGAAUUUCCCUUUGCCUGGAGAGAAGGGCCCUGCCUGCCUUGUAAAGGUCUAUGAAGACUGCGAUUGUUUCAAAGUAAACGAUGUUCUUGAGUUUUACGGCAUCCUGUCUGUGGAUCCUGUGCUGAGUAUACUGAGUAGUGACGAAAGGGAUGCCUCUGCACUGCUGGACCCCAUGGAGUGCACAGAUACAGCAGAGGAGCAGCGGGUACACAGUCCUCCUGCCUCAUUAGUGCCAAGAAUUCAUGUGGUUUUGGCCCAGAAGUUGCAGCACAUCAAUCCAUUGUUACCUGCCUGUCUGAACAAAGAGGAGAGCAGAACCUGUAAGUUUGUGUCAAGUUUCCUGUCCGAAUUAUCUCCAGUCAGAGCAGAACUGCUAGGGUUCCUCACUCAUGCCCUUUUGGGAGACAGUUUGGCAGCUGAGUACCUUAUAUUACAUCUCAUCUCUACAGUAUACACAAGAAGAGAUGUUCUUCCACUGGGAAAAUUUACUGUGAACCUGAGUGGUUGCCCACGGAAUAGUACCUUCACAGAACAUUUAUAUCGAAUUAUUCAACAUCUUGUUCCAGCAUCUUUUCGUCUACAGAUGACUAUAGAGAACAUGAACCAUUUGAAAUUCAUUCCCCAUAAAGACUACACAGCCAAUCGCUUGGUCAGUGGACUCCUCCAGCUGCCCAACAACACUUCCCUGGUCAUUGAUGAAACUCUGCUGGAGCAAGGGCAGUUGGACACCCCAGGUGUUCAUAAUGUGACUGCCCUGAGCAACCUGAUAACCUGGCAGAAGGUGGAUUAUGACUUCAGUUACCACCAGAUGGAAUUCCCCUGCAGCAUCAAUGUUCUUAUCACCUCAGAGGGGCGGUCACUCCUCCCUGCAGACUGCCAGAUCCACUUACAACCCCAGCUAAUGCCACCCAAUAUGGAGGAGUACAUGAACAGCCUUCUCUCCACAGUGCUGCCUUCUGUAUUGAACAAGUUCCGCAUCUUCCUGACCCUUUUGAGAUUCCUGGAUUACAGCAUAUCUGAUGAAAUAACCAAGGCAGUUGAAGAUGACUUCGUGGAGAUGCGUAAGAAUGACCCCCAGAGCAUCACUGCGGAUGAUCUCCACCAGCUGCUGGUGGUAGCUCGGUUUCUGUCUCUGAGUGCUGGUCAGACAACGCUGUCACGAGAACGGUGGCUAAGAGCCAAGCAGCUAGAGUCUUUAAGAAGAAACAGGCUUCAGCAGCAAAAAUGUGUGAAUGGAAAUGAACUUUAAAGUUCUGAUACCCAUGAAGAUUGAUGGGCAAACGGUAGCCACGUUAUUGUAAAAUUCAAAUGUCAUUUGUACCACAUUGUUUUAUAGAUAAUUUGUAUCAAAAACCAAUGACUUUUCCUGAAGUCAGGCCUGGUAACAUCUGAAGUUUAUAUGAUACCUCAGUAAGGGCUUUUACCUUGCUGAUUUUAUGGAGCUUUUGGAGUUUGUUUUAUAAUUAUAUAAAUCAGUUACAAUGUACAAAAAUAUUUGAUAUUAAAGUUUAAUAAUGAUGAUGUUGCUGGUUAUACCAUUUCCUUAGCUACAGCAAAGUCAUAGGCCAGACUCUGUUGAAAUGCUGUUAACUUCAUUUGAAGAAAACUAUUGCAAUUUCAAAGGUGAAGGAAUUUUGCACUUCAGAUUUCUGUCUUUCCAUUUAAUAGUGGGUCUGAGUCUGUUCAGUAGUCAGGUUUGGGGAAUGGGGCAAACCUGCCAUAGAUUCAUAUAUGGGACACCAAGACAACUGGCAGCUGACAGAAACCUUCCACUUAACAGUUAGCCUACAAAACUAGUCAUUUACAUGGAAGUGGUUCCCAAACUUUUUAAUUUUAUGAACCAGCAGUAUUUUUUUUUUUAAAUUGGGGAUAAUGUUGCCAAUUUUCUUGACAUGUAAUCUGAAAGCAAUCUCUUUAUUACCAUAAAAGGAUAAACAGCCUAGUGUGAUGGCACAUGCCUGUAAUCCCAGCAUUCUGAAAGUCUGGGGCAAGGGGCUGGAGUUUGAGACCACACUGGGCAACUUGGUGGCUUUCUCAACAGGAAAAAAUUUAAAAAGGGAUAGGAGUGUAGCUCAGUGUGAAGGCCCUAGGUUCAAUCCCCACUACCUCGCCAAAAAGGUUUUGUGGGGUUUUUUUCCAGAACAAAAGAUAGUACCUUAAAUGGAAUAAAUGUAACUUUUGGAGAAUACUACAUUGUCUUCAUUUCUCAUUAUAUCCCAGCACAUUCAAAAACCACAGCUUUAUGGGAUUCAUUUAAAGGAACACUGCUCUAUGAAGCUUCACCUAAAUAUGAGAAAAAAAAAUAGUAAAUUUAAAAACUAAUGCCCUCUUUAGAAAGCUUGGUUUUUGACAAUGUUGGGGAUCAAACCCAUACCCUCUCUCGUGUGCUAGGCAAAGCCUAUACAAGCGGGGGUGAACCUAUGGCAUGCAUGCCUCAGCUGGCUGUUUGUUACCAUUGAAAGCUCUAAAAGGUUUGCCAUCACUUGCCCUAUGCCAGUGAGCUACAUCUCCAGCCCAGAAAAAGACUCCUGAUGUCAUUCAGUUGCUUUGAGGAUAUUAGAUUUUGAGUUUUAUGUAAGUUUACCAGUUCCCAUUAUAUUAGAUCAAAUUAUCUGCCAGUCCAGUAAAGGCCUGAAACAAUUAUAGGUAAGCUUUCCCUGACCCCAUUAGUUUUGAUAAAUACAGUUUUUUAAGGAACAAAAAUACUACCCACAGAGAACAAAUUAACAUACCAUAGUAUAAAAUUGUGGCAACAAGAAUCUUCAGAAAGGUUCGAAUAUUACUUUUUAAAGACAUCGAUGUGUAUAAAGAUUAAAUUUUUUCCGUCAGUAACUUACCUAGUUGGAAACAAAUCAAAUGAUUCCUUAAACUUUUUUCCUAUAAGGAAGACUUACAUUGACGUUGUUAACCAAGGAAACAGGGUCAGCCUUGAAAAAUCAAGGAAUUCAUUAUGCUUAGUGAAGGGAAAUAAAAAUUAGCUGGUGGUUCAAUAUUCUUUUCCUAAAUUCAAAUCUAUUUUUAUAAACUAAUGUAAAUAAUGUUUAUAUUAGAAUUCUAACUGGUUUUCAUUUUUAUAACUGGUAGACUAGACCUUCCUUAAAACUUUUAGAAAUAAAAUGAAGGUUCAACUGGAUUUGUGAGUAAAAUAAUUUUCUUUAUCCUUGAACAAAGUAGAUUAGUUACCAUUGUGUCUAAUUGUGCCAAUGUAAAAUGUAAUCUACCAAAGAGAAAUCCUAAUUUUGCUUGGUCUUGCAGAAAAGUUCAGUGAAAGAACCCUCUUUCCAGUAAAUAAACUUUCCCAAAUUACCAGUU